GGAUGGGGAACUUCGGUGAUAGUGGGUGUAGCAGCAUCAGGACAAGAGAUAUCAACUCGACCAUUCCAACUCGUGACAGGUCGUGUGUGGAAAGGAACAGCUUUUGGUGGUUUCAAGAGUCGAACCCAAGUGCCUUGGCUCGUAGAAAAGUAUAUGAGAAAGGAGAUUAAAGUGGAUGAGUACAUAACACACAACCUGAGCUUGGGAGAGAUCAACAAGGCUUUUGAUCUGUUGCACGAAGGUACUUGCCUUCGAUGUGUCCUCGACACAACCGAAUGAUAACAACGCCAAUGAUUCUCUCUGCUUCAUCUCUGU